GUCCAAGUCUAUGUUUCCCCUCUUUUUAAUCACCAAAUUUGCGCUCAUUUCACCACAUCUAUCCGAUAUCAAACCGAUACAAAAAUCGCCGCAUCUCAUUUGUGUCGCGCCGAACUCCGCGACAGUCCCCGGCGUUGUUUAAAUUAGCUUUAGCGUGCUAGCCGCAAACAAAGGGAAGCGGAAGUUAGCGACGCACGCUCCGAGCGGACGGCGAACACCGCCGGCGGCGCCGUUUAGAAAAUGUGCAAAGUCCGAAUGUUGCGGGCCUUGGUGAAUCAGCGACUCAACACUGUCGUCGAGGAGAUAUUUGUCGCGCUCGAACGAACGCUGACAGAGUACGAGGACGAACUGUGUCGAACAAAAGAAGAGAACGAGCGACAACGCAAACUACUAGACGCCCUUUUCAGGGCUCGAUCACCGGCAGCAGAUCUUGCUGCCGGGCAGGAGGGGCGCCGCUCCGCGAUGGAGCCCGACCCCUCCCCCAUCAAAAUGGAGGACGACGACGUGUGUCGCGGUCACAAGGCAGAGAAACAAGAAGAACGGGCGGACGUCGCCAAGUUCCAGGUCACCAGCGUCAUUGUCAAGAGCGAAGAUGACGCCGGAGGCCGCAACCGGUCGCCCGAGGAGACCGCCGAGGCCCGUGCCGACGUAAACCCCCAGGUGGGAGUGCAACCUCAUGCCCGUUUGCCCCGGGUUACGCGCUCGCAGCGAGCCGCGUCGGACCUCGCCAACCCAAAGACUGGCGCGACGGCAGCGGGCGGCGCGUUGUCGGGUUUGAACUGCGCGCAGCGCGAACGGCGCCCGAGCGGGAAGCCGUUCGUCUGCCCGUUUUGCGGCAAAACCUUCAACCAGCGGGUCCAUUUGUCCCGCCACUUGAGCGUCCACACGGGGGACAAACCCUUCCACUGCACCGUCUGCAGCAAAAUGUUCGCCACCAGGGACCGCUUACGAUCCCACACGAGGAUCCACACGGGGGAAAAACCCUUCAGCUGCUCGGUUUGCGCCAAGCGUUUUUUCCACCGCUCCCACUUGGCCAAGCACUCCCACAUUCACACGGGCGUGAAACCCUUCCCGUGCCUGUUUUGCACCAAGCGCUUCUACUCCAACGGGGACCUGAUCAAACACACGCGGACGCACACCGGGGAAAAACCCUUCACCUGCUCCGUCUGCAAGGCCAGCUUCGGCGACAGCUCGACGCUGGGCAAGCACAAGCGGCGGCACACGGGCGAGAAACCCUUCGGCUGCAACCUGUGCGACAAACGCUUUCCCUUCAAGUUUCAGGUGAAGAAGCACAAGUGCGUUGGACAGAACAGCAGCACCGACUGAACUCAACAAGACUUUUAAUAAUAAUAAUACUCUCUGUCUCCCUUACAUCAUAUUUUUUAGUAUUAUAGUUUAGAGAUGAAAGUGGACUUUCGUGAAAAUUCCUGAAAAUACUAGUGCGAGCACUAGGGGGGACCGGGGGCAAGCCCCCCCCACCCUGGAAAUUAAAAAAAAAAAAAAAAAAAAUGGAUGGCUCUGGUGCAUUCUGGUGAUAUCUGUAAACAAAAUUCUGACAAAAAUUGAAAGUAAAAUUUCUAAGUCCUGACCAAAAAAAUAAAUAAAAAUUGGGCAGAAGAAGGACGAACUCAAACGCAUGUUCGUUCGAUGUUGUCAACUCAUAUCCAGAUUAAUUUUAGGCAAUUUUUCCUCAAUUUCCCGGAGCAAUUUUCAUGAAAAUUUAAAAAUCCAGAAUUCCGGGAAAAUCCGGAGGACUUUCAUUACUGACAGUUGGGAUUAGUUACAGAGGUGUCCAACGUCUAGUCGGUAUUAAUAAAACCCAAACUCACACAAACUGAUUUUCCAACACUGAACUUUUAUCAGCCACAGAAAACAGAAGUUCAAAAUGUUCAACAAUUGAACAUUGAUAAAUUGUAAUAAAACAAAUACUCUAAUUGGGAAUAAUAUCGUUAGCGCAGUAGCAGUACCCAAGUAUAACGUUUUCUGAAAACAUGAAAAAACACAUUCAUUAAACAGAAAAACUGCAGCUGCCUCAGUUCCACAUUGCGGGUUACCACAAGCACAAUUUAUGAUUUAUUGUGAUAGCUAUGAGAAAUUAUGCUACCAGACUGACCGUCUGCAAAUAAGCUAUUUACGACUGAAGUGACAAAAUGUCUCUUUCGUAAGGUCACAGUGAUUAGAGAGAAUUCAGUUUCCGGAGCAAAAGUUUUGCUCCAGGUUCUGCUCUGCGCCAAAGUCUGCUUCGUGAACGUUAUCACACAACACGUCUCUUGUUUUUGUUCUGAACGUGGCUAUCGGAUCAAAUUAUAUCGAAUUUGAACAAUAAGUAAUCACUUGAUGGAACGGUGAAAGUUACAGAAUGUCAGUGGCCCUAAGAUCGUUCCAUGCGUGCGAAGGAAAUGGUUUGGACACCCGGUUGUGAGUAGACGGAAGCUGAUGGGACCGUGAGAAGAGUCAUAAAAUCAAGACACCGGACCCCCACCCACAUGCUCUCGUCAUCCAUGUACCCAUGCGUCUGGCCCCCGCCUCUACGGAAAGUAUUUUCCACACAACUUAUGCUUGAAUUUUUAUGCUCCAAUGUUUACAAUGUGUGGGGGUGGGUGUAUAGUGUAGAUUCCCCCCCGCCCCUCAUUCUAUCCUCUAGUAGUAUUCAUCAUACUGUAAAAGAGUGAUCAAGUCACCGAAAAGCACUUAAAAUCUUACUGCACUUGUCCAUUACUGCCGCCUAGUGUACUGGAGUGGAACAUUCCGGGUGGCAACUAUGAUGUAAAGGUGACUUUUUAAAUGUCUUAUACACAGUGCACCCUUUCAAGUGUGAAAUUAAAACAACAAAGUGAAUACUAAGAGAGCUGACUUUUUUUUUUGUAAUGUGUCGACAAGCGAGUUACGUUUUUAUCAUAUUUUAAAUUCAAUUUAUUUAAAAAUUGUAUAAUUUUUUGAAAUCCUGCAUGAUGUCAGUACCGGCACCUUUUGCGACGUACAGUCGUAUCGGACUUUGACAUUUUCAUCGACAGGUUUUCGACACUCGUGCCGACGGCGCGCAAAGUGGAAAAAUUAAAAAUUCAACAGGAAACUUGAGGUGACACUUUUGGGUGGAAAGUCUUAUCUCGUCACCAGCAUGGCGCAAAAAACGUCUGGGGUUCAGUUCCGUUUCAACCUCAUUGCGCAACUCUAAUCUCAGAUUGACGGCGGAUGUCUGCCGAUGUUAAAAUCAACAAUUUGUCAUGGUAUUAUCCAAGCCGCUUAUCCUCACCAGGGUUGCGGGAAAGCCGGGGCCUAUCCCAGCUAACUUCGGGCUAAAAGGCGGACUACGCCGUGAACCGGUGGACGGCCAGUCGCAGGGCAGAUGUCGACACCAUCACGGAGCGGGGGAUCGAUCCCACGCUCCCCGCACCAAAGACAGGCGCGUGUACCACUACACCAUCAGUGUCCCCCAACAAUUUUUAAUUUUUUUAAAAUUUUUUGAUACA